UUGCGUCUGCGUCCAUCUCUCCUUCAUCGUUCACAACAUUCAUUUCGUAUCUGACUGGCUCUGCUGAUCACCGCAAACAGUCCACUCGGUGCACAGUAAAUCCAGCAGCGGCUGCAAAUAUUGCCGCGUGAAGUAGACGCAGAGGUGCCUUCCCUGAUUCUCUCUAUAUCGCCUGUCUGCCGCGCGAGCCGCGAUUGCAUUUGUGACAGCAUGUCUGCUGAAGUCGCUGUGUCCAACGGUGGUGCGGCUGGCAAGAGCCAGCCAUCCAUGCCACCUAAUGCGACUCGGCUCCACCAGACCCAACAGCUGGAUGCCCUGCUCACCAUUAUCCGUGACAAGAAUACACCGCGAUCCGAUUUCAUCUUCUACUCUGACCGCAUCAUCCGGCUCCUGGUUGAGGAGGGCCUGAACCAUUUGCCGACGCUGGAAAAGGUGGUUCAAACACCAACAGGCAUGGAAUAUCGAGGCGUCUCAUUUCAAGGGCGAAUCUGUGGCGUUUCGAUCUUGCGCGCGGGCGAAGCGAUGGAAGCCGGACUGCGCGAGUGCUGCCGCAGCGUGCGCAUCGGCAAGAUCCUCAUCCAGCGAGACGAGGAGACGGCCAAACCUAAGCUCUUCUAUGCCAAGCUGCCGGAAGACAUUGCGCAGCGCUGGGUGCUGCUGCUGGAUCCGAUGCUCGCAACGGGCGGCUCCGCGUUGCAGGCGAUUGACGUGCUGAUCUCCAACGGUGUUGCCCCGGAGCGUAUUCUUUUCCUCAACCUCGUCGCGUCGCCAGAAGGACUAGUAAAUAUUUACAAAGCAUACCCGCAAGUCAGCGUAGUAUGCGCUUGGGUCGAUGAUGGACUGGACGAGCGAAGCUACAUCAUUCCCGGCCUUGGUGACUUUGGGGACCGGUACUUCUCUUGCUAAGGAGCGACUUGCGCGAGCAUUACAACUCCGUGUUAUAAGGCUUGAAAGGUCAACAAUUGAACAUUCCGAUGAAUAGCAUUACCAUUUGUAUUGUACGGCCUUGAGCAUUCGUUCCAGUGUGUCCC